AUGUCGUUAUUGUCGCAUCGCUGCAUUGGAAUCUGUCGCCAUUUCCAGCUGGAGUUGGCAGAGAAGUUCGAAACAAACCUGGGCUGGACGACGAACCAUGAAUGGAUCAGUGGCAGUGAAGACGACUCGGACACCGAGCCCUCGGUGCUCGACCCCUCGGUGCUCGAACCCUCUGUGAUCGUCGUAGAAGGAGCGAUGUCAGCCUCUCUCCUCCAGUGUGUGGUAGCCCUUAACUCUAGCCUCUCUCCUCCAGUGUGUGGUAGACCUCCACUGAACACCAGGAUAGUCGGGGGGCCUCUGCAGAAGAAUGCCUCUGCAGGAAGUUGGCCUUGGCAGGCCAGUAUCCACGUUUUCGGCUCGCACUUCUGUGGAGGAUCCCUCAUCAAUAGGGAGUGGGUGCUGUCAGCUGCUCAUUGUUUCCCCAGUGUGGGUGCAGGUGAUCUUGAGGUGUAUUUGGGUCGGCAGAACCAGGAGGGCAGCAACCCAAAUGAAGUGAAAACGACCGUGAGUAGGAUCAUCAGCCAUCCCAGUUACGACAGCUUCACCAGGGACAACGACAUUGCUCUGCUUCAGCUCAGUGCCCCAGUCACCUUCACUGACUACAUCAGGCCUGUGUGUCUGGCUGCCAGUGGGAGUGUGUUCAUCAACGGCACCGGCAGCUGGGUCACUGGCUGGGGAAACAUCGGGGAAGGAGAAUCCCUUCCAUCCCCUGGGACUCUACAGGAAGUGGAGGUGCCUGUGAUUGGGAACACACAGUGUAGCUCUUUGUAUGGAGUCGGCGCAGUCACAGACAACAUGAUCUGUGCUGGUGUACUCGCUGGAGGAAAUGAUUCAUGUCAGGGAGACUCAGGAGGUCCACUGGUGAGCAAACAGGACUCUGUGUGGGUCCAGUCCGGUAUCUUUAGUUUGAGCUGUGUUGAACCCAGUUUCCCUGGUGUUUACACCAGGGUGUCCCGUUAUCAAAGCUGGAUCAACUCCUUCAUCAGCAGUGACCAACCAGGCUUCAUCCAGUUCACUGGGCCUCCUCCUCCUCCAGCUACCACUGUCUCCUCUCCUAGUGCAUCUACAGCCCCAGUGCCCACCAGCACGUCUACGCUGCAAAGAAGUUCUUGUCACCCCCAAACAACUGACAACAUUGCUAUUCCCAUGGUGACGGUAAUAUUUGAAGUGAAGAACCUCUCGGCCAGCAGUGAUCUGUUUCAGCUCAUUACCGAUGAGUUCAAGGACACAAAGUGUGUCUUAUACGUCUUACUGAAAAAAUACAAAUAUGAGAAACAGAAAAAUGGGAACAUAAGACCCUGGAACCAUGAAGACCUAGGGAACAUAGAACCCUUAGAACAUAAGGGCCGCUGGAGGAACCUAGAACCUAGGAAUGACAUCACUGAACUGUAG